CCGCACCUUGUAGUAUGGCUUUUCGCAAUGGCUGUCACUUCUGCCACCUUCCCGACCACUUUAUAGGAGAAUGCCCUUUUCGACUUCAGCCUAACGGAGCAGAGAUGGCGGCUAGGAUACGAGACAACGGUUCAGCGGGCGCCAAUGGAGGGGACGGUAAUGGCAUCUUAGCGCCACUAGUGAACGGUGGUGGCACGCCCACGGCUCUUCUUCCGUAUCAAGGAGGGCAAGCUCGAAAUUAUGGCGGCUACAACGCAGGCUAUAACGGAAACUAUAAUGGCGGAGGUGGGUACAUCGGUGGAAGUGGGUAUGGACAGAGAUAUCCUAGGUCAGGCGGAGGAGGAUACAGGGAGCGAGAUCACAAACGUGAAGACAAGAUCGACAGAAUGUACAAUCUUCCAUCAGAGCAGGUAGAAGAAUGAGAGAAGAGGAAGAGGGAGGAUGCCCAACUGGUUCCUAUGUAUCCCCAGCAGCCGCGGUCACCGCGGGCAUGACCGCG